AUGACUGUUCGGCUUUUACACGAGUUUUAUCAUCCCCAAAGGAUAUAUUCGGGCUCAGGAGGCAGUGUUCAAGGCUUAGACAAUGGAAAUUUCCUUGUCGGCUGGGGUGCAAACCCGGGUAUCACUGAACAUUCGCCCAAUGGGACGAUCGUGAUGGACAUUCAACAAGGAGUGAUCCCCCACGUCUUCGACAACGACCCAGACAAAGAUAUGUCUGUUUAUCGUGCCUGGAAGAUGGAUUGGAUUGGACGGCCUCCAUGGGGUCCUUCCAUCGCUUCGUCAGCCCCUGGAGAAGACGCAUCAAAUGCUACUGUUUAUGUGUCUUGGAAUGGCGAUACCCAGGUUCAUAGAUGGGAGUUGUAUGAGGUAGAAGAUGAUGUAAACAUCAUUUCUACUCCCAGACUUCUUGCAAACUCGUCCCGAUCCGGCUUUGAAACGGAAAUUAAUUUGGGAGGGUUAGGACUACCAUCCCCUGGGUCUGCUCGAGCAGUUGCCGUCAGUAAAAGUGGCAAGAUCCUCGGCUCAACGGCUACAGUUGACCUUGCAAGCGGCAGAAUUCAUGGCAACAGGAGCAGUGUCUGGAUAUUGACGCCGCAGCCUUCCGAUGAAGAGUCAGUCGACCACCAUCCUGCUGGUAAAAAGAAGGAAGAUGACGAGGAAGAUGCUGCAUAUCAGACAAAGCCCUCUGUGAGCUCGCUAUUCGCUCUUCUACUUGCUAUCACUUUCAUAUCUUUCUAAGUCUGAAAUGUUAAGUUUGAGGGUUGAGAGUACUUACGUAAAGAAAUAGUUUAAAUUCUAAUAAACUGACUUGAC